AAUCCAAUUUGUAAGAAGGGAGAGCACUCUUAGAAUGUAAAUAUCACGCAUUCAGCAGCUGAUUCAAGUUUAUGUCAUUUCACAACGUAAGACAUUUUCAUGAUUAAUUUCAUCAUAUAUGUCUGGUAAUAUUGUGAAAUCCUUGCUUCAGAAGUGUGUUCAGUAUUGUAAAGAAGGUCUUGGCGGACAUGUCAUAAACAAGCGAAAAAUGGCUCAGCCAAAAUUUGUAAGGAUUGGGGAUUUUGAAGUUUUUGCUUGGUCAAUAUCUGGAAUUGAGACGUCAGUUGUUGUUAAGAAUCCUGCAGACGGUUUUGUUUGCUGUUUUGAUAUGGGCUGUUCAAGUCGAGAAAAUGUCAAAUGCAAAUCAGUUAUGAUCAGUCAUGGACAUAUGGAUCACAUAUCAUCUGUGCCUCAGCAUAUAAAAAAGCGGGAACUUUAUGGUGCAAAACAAGCCUCCUACUAUGUACCAAAAUAUCUUGUUGAGGAAGUAAAGGAACUUUGCACAACAUAUGCUAAAAUAUGUGAAAACUCAGAAGGUUUAAAAUAUCCAUGCAUUGUUGGGGUAGAUCCAGGUGAUGAAAUUAAGCUUAAUAAAGGUUACCAUGCAAAUAUAUUUCCCACAGUUCAUAGGGUGAAAAGUCAGGGAUACAUUGUGUAUAAAGCAAGAAAACAGUUAAAGCCAGAAUAUCAGGGCCUAUCUUCCAGAGAAAUUGGAGAAAAAAUAAGAGAUGGAGAAACUGUUCACACAAAACCUAUU